CUGAAUCAUAAGUCACAGGCAGGAGCCGCUGCAUGCGCACAUCUGUCCUGUCUCUUAAACCUGAAGGGACACCUGACUGCUGUACUGAUCUGCCCGAGUGAAACACCACUGGAUUUCUAUAGUUUCUAUAGUUUGUUUUUUUCCCCACUGCUUUUAAAAUUCGACAAAACAACUUUGUCAAAGAGAGAGCGAGAAGCGCUUCUGAAGUUUGGACAGGAGAGUGCGCGCACAUGGCAGCCCUCAUUAGCGCGUACUCGUCGUGGCCCGAGUCCUUCGAGUGCACACCAGGAGACGGGGACGUGUCUGACGGACAUGGCCCUCACAGGAGCCCCGCGGACAAGGCUCCGGAGCCGCGGAUCAGACGGCCCAUGAACGCGUUCAUGGUGUGGGCCAAAGAUGAGCGCAAACGGCUGGCGGUGCAAAACCCAGAUCUGCACAACGCCGAGCUCAGCAAGAUGUUAGGAAAGUCAUGGAAGGCCCUGACCCCGCCUCAGAAGAGGCCCUAUGUGGAGGAAGCAGAACGGCUCCGGGUGCAGCACAUGCAGGACUACCCUAACUACAAGUAUCGUCCCCGCCGGAAGAAACAGCUGAAACGCAUCUGCAAGCGUGUAGACCCCGGCUUCCUGCUGAGCGGCCUGGCCCCUGAUCAGAACGCCUUGCCUGAGCAGAGAGCCCUUUGCCACCCCCUCGACAAAGAUGAGGGCAGCCCUAACCCUGUCAGUGGCAGGUUCUCCAGUCCCAGCCCGGCUCUGCCCAGCGUUAGGAGCUUCAGGGACCCGGCUGGAUCAAACAGCAGCUUCGACACCUACCCUUAUGGCCUGCCCACCCCUCCUGAGAUGUCCCCCUUAGACGCCAUGGACCACGAGCAUGUCCCCCCCUCUUAUUAUUCUGGUAGCUCCUCUGUCUCCUGCUCCUCCUCAGCUACCUGUCCAGAUGACCACCACCAGAAUCACGCCCACAUGGGCAGCCCGCCCCCGUACCACAAUGACUACAUUCAGACCCAAAUCCACUGUGGGGGCUCACAUUUAGCUCACAUCCCCCACAUGCCCCAAAGCCCUUCUGGUGCUGGACUCAUCCCUGGUCCUCCUCCGCUUUCCUACUACAGUGCUUCAUCUUUCCCCCAGAUCCACCACGGGCUGCACCAGGGCCACCUGGGUCAGCUGUCCCCCCCACCAGAGACACAGGCUCACCUGGAGACUUUAGACCAGCUGAGCCAGACAGAGCUGCUGGGUGAGGUAGACCGCAAUGAGUUUGACCAGUACCUGAACUCAACUGGGAACGGGUUUCACCCUGAGCAGAGCGGCAGCAUGACCGUCACAGGACACAUCCAGGUAGCGUCCACCGCUACAAAUCCUUCAUGUCCCAGCAGCACUGCAGAAACCAGCCUCAUUUCAGUGCUGGCGGAUGCUACAGCGGCCUAUUACAACAAUUAUGGCAUCUCAUAAGCGAGGUCAUGGCACCCAUUAGACUUAAGACACUACAAAGUAGGUGAGGAAAUGUUAGAUGAUGCCGCAUAUGGGAGUUUGUAAAGGAGAGAUUCUGUGCUCUCAUCUGUAAUUUUAAAUAUCUAUGUAGCAUCUCUCACAGAAGUCUGCCUACUGCAAUAACCACGACAUCUCGUAAGCUGGGUCACAGCACCUUUUACACUGGGGACUCAUCAGAGACACUACAGGGUGAAAACAUUUUGAAUGGGUUCUAGUAAGGAAAGAUUUCUCUGCUCUCACCUGUAAUUUCUAACUCAAAUAAGCAUCUCUAAACAACCUCAUUCCUGGACUGAUAACUGAGCAAUAUGAUUGUCUGGAGCCGAGGGAAGAACAAAGAGGAUGGUGAGGAAAGGGAGAUGGACAACUCAGGGACAAAAAAACUCUAGUGUUCACCACCUCCAGUUGUAAUGACAUUUCUAUAUCAGAAGAACAAUCGUGAAGGACUUGUUGUCCACUUGUAAAUGUUUCUGUAGCCACUGCGGCAAUGUACAGACGCUCUCUAGAAGCUAAUUUAAGUCCCUUUGAUGUUUCGCCUAAAUGCUAACUGUAAUGCUUUCUUGACGCUUUCCAUUCAAAUGUUUGUAUUCUAUGUUCUCACUCUCAUUAGUUUGAGAGUUUUACCUCAGUAGUUGUAAUUGGAUGAGGUUUUAGUUGGACAUUUCUUAUGCAAUUUAACAAAAAUGGUGUAUUAUGAUGAAAAAAAAGGCGUUUAUAUUUCCUCUCACCUACUUAAUAAUAUAUAAUCAUAACCUCUACGAUGAAAAAUAAUAAUGGUAACUAUAACUGUAUGCUGAUCUAGGUUUGUGAAAGAAUAAUUUAAAUAAAGUUCAAUUUUUAUAUAAAUAAA